AUGGCCGAUCAGCUGACAGAGGAGCAGGUUGAGGAGUUCAGGGAGGCGUUUUCACUCUUUGACAAAGACAGCAAUAGCACCAUCACCACCAAAGAGCUGGGCACAGUCCUGCGCACCCUGGGCAUAAACCCCACCGAAGAAGCGCUGCAGGACAUGAUCAACGAAGUGGACGCCGACGGGGACGGAACGAUGGAGUUCGAGGAGUUCCUGGCCCUGAUGACCAGGAAGAUGAAGGACACGGACACUGAGGAGGAGAUCAAAGAGGCGUUCCGCGUCUUCGACAUGGACGGCAGCGGAUUCAUCAGCGCGUCCGAGCUGCGUCACGUGAUGGCGAACCUCGGAGAGAAGCUGACGGACGAGGAAGUGAGCGAGAUGAUGAGAGAAGCAGAUACGGACGGAGACGGAAAGGUCAACUAUCAAGAGUUUGUGAAAAUGAUGGCGACAAAGUGA